AUGGCUCAGCGGCUGACUCUGCGCAAGCGCAACCCUUACAACACCAGGUCGAACCGCCGGCGCGUCGUGAAGACCCCGAGCGGUGAGCUGCGCUACCUUCACAUCAAGAAGCUGCCCACUGCCCCGAAGUGCGGUGACUGCCACACUAUCCUCCCGGGUGUGAAGGCCCUUCGCCCGCGUGCUUACGCCACUGUGUCGAAGCGUGAGAAGACUGUCCAGCGUGCCUACGGUGGUAGCCGCUGCGCUGACUGCGUCCGCACUCGCGUCAUCCGCGCCUUCCUUGUUGAGGAGUCGAAGAUAGUCAAGAACGUUCUCAAGGCUCAGCAGGCCAAGCAGCAGUAA